AAAAUGGUCACACAUCCUCAAGGUGGUGUGGAUUCAUUACACGAUAAAACUGAUGAUACUUGGUAAAUGAAGGUAUGUCCCGGUGUAUGAUUUCCAACACUAGAGCAGACAGACAGAAGAGAUCCUGUAAUGACUACAUAAAAGAGGGCAGAAGAAAGAUUCAGCAUCCAUUUCCUCAUCCAUCUGCCUGAUGUUGUUCAAAUAUCCAUCAGGAGGUGUGGGAAGCUUGGGACCAGGUGGGCCCCUUGCAGUGGUUUGAACAGAUGCGGGUGGCACAGCACCUACUUACCCAGGUCAUGAACCCUCUCCAUGGGACUGGAGCCACAAGAAGAAGUCAGACAAGCUGGAUCCAUGUCUGACGAGGUACCCAAAAAAAAAAAGCUGAGAGAGAUGUUGGUGGCCCUAUAUAAGGUACACCUCACCUCCUGCAGAGCACAUCAAGAAUCACAGCAAAGUGCUGAGGGCUGUAGCUGCAACCUGCUGGGACGGACAACUUUGGAUUGUGAGCCAUGGCCUCGUUGCUGACCUUGACCAAGAGCUUCUCAGGAUGGGUCUUCUUCUGCUGCUGUUGCUGUCUCCCUCUUCUUCUCACCAGCCCUCUGCCUCCGAAAGGGGCAGGGGUGGCUUCUAGCACCCAUCAUUCCUGCAGGCUCAGGAAAAUCAACUUCCAGCAGCCCUACAUCAGGAAUCGCACCUACACCUUGGCUAAAAUGGCCAGGGCCUUGGACGAGGACACGGACAACAGGCUCAUUGGGCAGCAGCUCUAUGUUAACGUCAAGGAAAACAACCGCUGCUACGUGAUGAAGAGGAUUGCGGAGAUUGUAGUGAAAGAUGUCCUCCUCACCAAGGCCAAGGACCAGUACCCGUACGCUGAGGAGGUGGCACAGUUCUUGGCGUCCCUGACCUCAGAGCUGAGCAGAUGUAAAUGCUCAGGACACAGAGAGCACAUUGAAAAGAACGUGGAAGAAAUGAAGAGCAAAAUGAAACAGUUGGGAGAGAAUGGAAAGACUAAAGCCAUUGGAGAACUGGAUUUACUGUUUGACUACAUAGAAAAUGCCUGUACUGAUGGCCCAAAGAAGGCAGGGAACAAGAAGAAAAACUGAAAGAAUUUCAGAUCAGGCUUGAAGACAUGUCUCCAAAAAACUCUUGCUAUGCUCCAAUUGAUUAACUAUUAUGGAAACUGCACCCCUCUCCCCCACCCCCCCAUGCAGUAUGUUUUUCACUUGUGCCAAAAAUAGCAAACUAAGUGGGCACAGACAGGAUGCAUAUUGCUGCCGCCUUUGAAAAUGAAAACUCCAGGACAGUGUUUGCAGCUCCAUUUCAACACAGGGCAUUAGUUAUUUUCAAAGGCACACUCCUGUCCUCCCCAUCUCCAUAGGAAUAAAGCAACUGUUUCUGUAUUUUAUAUGCUGAGAUUUGACACCUAUGAAUCAGCUUUGGUCAAGGUAGGCAGUGAUACGUAGCCAGUAUGUUUUGAGCCUUUUACUUGGAAAUCUCUCUUGCAUAUGUUGCCCCCUUCUGACCUUUACCUGAAUAGUUGGUAUUUCAGACCAAUUCAGAAAUAUUUUUUGUCAUUCAUAUUUAAUGGUAACUUAUUUUAAGGUAAUAAUUAUACAGCACUUUUAUUUAUAUAGAUUAAUUGAAAAAUAUCCAAGGAAAUGUAUUUAUGAAGCUGUACCAGAGGAUUUUAAGUGAACUAUGAAAUUAAAACUGCUGUGUGAUAUUUAUAUGCAGAUGGAUUGUUUUAUAAAUGCUUACUCUCUAAUUUAUUGCAAUAAAUAUUUUGGUGCUCAAAUA